CCUGGGCCACACCACUUCGACUUCCUGGGAUUUUCCUCCGCCACACUCCCUGCCCGUAAAGGAAGUACCGCCUCUCUGUGUCAGAGACCGACUCGAGUCAGUGAAAUCCAGCCGCCUCCUGUAAACCGGAACCUCAAGCCCGAUAGGAAAGCAAAACCCACACCCCUGGACCUUCGAGCUACAGCGAUAAUAGAUGAACUUCCAUUCAAGUCUCCAGUCACUAAAUCCUGGUCUAGACAAGCCCACUCUCUAAAAUCCAGCUCCUCCCAAUACUGCCGCCCAGUGUCCACACAGAGUAUAACCAGCACCAGCUCUGGGGACAGCGAAGAGAAUUACGUAGCUAUGCAAAACCCUGUCUCAGCAUCCCCAGGAACCAGUGGCACCAACAGCCCUGCCCAGAAGAAGAGUACCGGCAGCGUGGACUAUCUGGCUCUAGACUUCCAGCCGGUGUCACCAAGCCCUCACAGAAAGCCGUCAACGUCUUCUGUAGCCUCAGAUGAGAAGGUGGACUACUAUGUCCAGGUGGACAAGGAGAAGACCCAAGCCUUGCAGAACACCAUGCAGGAGUGGACAGAUGUGCGCCAGUCCUCCGAGCCCGCCAAGAGCGGGAAGCAAUGA